AGCUUUGUUUAUGGGAGCCGGGGACUCAGAAAAAAUAUUUUUUAAAAGCUUUUUUUCGCGCAAUACUGAUAAAAGCAAUAAUAUUUAUCUAAGAAAUAAUGUUGAGUUGAAUCUUGUGCCCUUGUUUUGUUAAGUAAAUGUGUUUAAUAUGGCGCUAAUAAAAAAUAACGGCCCAUUAAUUGACCCAGCGCUUUGUCGGUGUUGUAGGGCUAUAAAAAAAUGUAGAAUAUUAACAGCUGAAUAUACUUGGAUGGAAAAGAAAGAGGUCUACGCGGAUAUGGUUAUGGAUUGCUUCGGUAUUUUACUAUCACAUGUAGACGGUGAGGACAAAGACUCUGGUGUGUGUGCGACCUGCGUGGUGCGGCUACGAGACGCGUGUGCGUUCAGACAGCAAGUGUUGCAGUGCGAAGAGCUGUUCUUGAGCGCUAAAUUGGAGGAUAAGGAAGAAUUAAAGAAAACCGACGGUGCCGUGGAGUUUGAGCUGAAAACGGAGCCAAAGGACGACUGCAGCGAGCACAAUUCAGAUGUUGAACAGGAUAUUAUACGGUUACCGCCUUUGCCAAGUGAUAUACCAGAAGAAGUGAAACCGCCAAAGAAAGAAGACGAAGAUAAAGCGAAAGCGGAAAACAACGAUAUAGCUAAAAUUAACGAUUCCCUCGACGAUGAUUAUAACGACGCAGACUACAAUGAUGAUGCCAACUUUACCGAUUCGUCGUCAAAUUCCGAUAAACCGAUAAAGAGGCCGAAGAAAAUGGCGCGUAAGACGAAAACCAGUAAGUCAGGGACGAAGAAAAAAGUGCAAAAGAAAAUGAAGGUUAAAAAGAAAGAAUCAAAGAAGCUGGAACAGAAGAAACCGCCAAUAGAGAAGAAAAACACGCACGACCGAGACCUCGACUGUAUGUCCGAAGAAAAUCUCCUCACGAUCAUACAAUAUUCCUACGUUUGCCCCUUCAAGAACAGACGAAACAACUACUACUGCUUCUAUUGCAAAGAUUACUACCCAAAACCGGAGGAUUUACGAGAUCAUACAGUCUCCCAUGACACAAAACCGUUCCAACUCCUUAUGGGAUACAAGAAAAUGCCGAAAAUUGACAUAACAAGAAUCGACUGUCGACUCUGUCCAGCGAAAAUCAACGAUUUGGAAACAUUCAAGCGACAUAUUGACCAAGAUCACGGGAAGAAGAUAUACUUUGAAGCCCCGGAUAAAAUGUUGUUAUACAGACUGACGUGGAACGAUCUAGUUUGUGUUAUGUGCAGUGAUGUGUUCGAAGACUUUAAUACCCUAAAUACGCAUAUGGUCGAACAUUUUAGUAACUUCACGUGUGAUAUCUGCGGUAUGUGCUUUCUAGAAAAAGCUAGAUUGGACGCUCAUCUCAAACGGCAUAAAGACGAUGAGAGGCAUACUUGUGAAGUCUGCGGUAAAGUGUUCAAGUCGAAUCACUAUAAGGACAUGCACGUGGACAUAGUGCAUAAGAAGAUUGCUAUAAUUCGAUGUCCGCGUUGCGACGAAUGCUUCAUGUCGUACGCGCUGAAGAAUAAACAUUUAACAGAAGCGCACGGCCAGAAAAGAACGUAUCCGUGCAAUUUGUGUGAUAAAGUGUAUAAUAGACAGAAAACGUUAACGGAACAUCAAAGGAGGAAUCAUCAAAAAGUGUUAAAACAUCAGUGCGAAUAUUGUGAUCAGAGGUUUUAUUUGCCAUCUCGGUUAAAAGAGCACAUGGCAACACAUACAGGGGAGAGGAAUUUUAGAUGUGAAUAUUGUGAUAAGAGUUAUCCAAGAUUGAAGAGUCUGCAGUAUCAUAUAAGGACGCAUACAAAUGAUAGGAGGUAUAGAUGCCAUAUAUGCGGACAGGCGUUCAUACAAAAUGCUAGUUUGAAGUCACAUAUAAAGAGUCAUCAUCCGGAGUGUGAUAUUGAGGGGUGUUAUUUUUGAAGUGAUUCAGGUUUUUGACGGAUUUUAAACGCGAUUUAUUUGAGAGACAUUUAUUUAUAUUAGACAUUAUUGACUAUGUUCUGUUCAUGUUCACUCUGGCAAGUCUAGUGUUCAAAUAUAUCAUAUAGUGCAUUGGGGGAAUUUCGGAUGAGGUUUAAUUUCAGAAAAUUGUGAAUACCACUUCAGAGCAUCCCAUUAUCGUAUCGCGAAGGAAGGGCAUGAAGAUAUACAGUGUGUAAUCGUUAAGUGUGCACAGGCGAUUUUUCCGUA